GAAUGGAAGAAGCCAUGUUUUUGCCACUAGCUUUUAGAAAAAAAUUUACUUCGAAGACAAAAAAUCUGGCAACACUUGCUGUGUUUUGAGCAAAUUUAAUGUAAAAACCAACACGUGGACCCGUCGUCAGGGUCUGUUAAAAAUAAAUAACAAGAGUCUUAUAAGUAGUAAAAUAAAAGCAGUAACAUACAAACUCGUAUAUCGACCAAUAAAAAAACAUGCACAUAAGCAGGUUAUGGUCAUGUGAUUACAGGCCAAUCACAUUCAAGAAUCAACUUAGUAAAGGGGCGAAAGGUGUGUGUAAUAACUGACACAGGUGACGCCACAUCUGAUAAAAAGCUGUGGCUCUCCUAGUAGAUGUUCAGUAAUCUAAAUGUGUUUAGACUCAAACCAGUUUACAAAACAUUACGAGUUUCUCAAAUGGAAAAAAUAACAUAAAAUGGCAAAAUACAACAGCGUAAAAAAUUACGUUCCACACGAGAUUUACUAUAAUUGUAUGUGUUUAGUAUUACACGUGACCUUUAAUGUCUAUCUCUAAUUGUCGCCUCCCCCAACUCUGCCAUGUCAGGUUGCGUCAUCAACACGCGACAGUUUGAGGCCAUUGACCAUCAGUCAGGGGUGAAGGGGAUAUGUUUACAGUUUAAUGAAAACUGAAGUACCUCAGAUUCAUUCUGGAUUACGGUUUUUGUCCAGUUUUUCAGUAGAAGCGGCGAAGGACGAGCUUGUCGGUGCGAUACCGGUCGGUGUUUAUGGAAAGCUGCAUUUUAACAGUCAGGAUUAUCCCGAGGAAGUAAUGUUAGAGAAACGUGAGAGGCCGGCAACUGAGCAAAGGAGAAAGAUAUUUUGAAGAGAUUUAAUCCGAGCGACCUUUCACUUUGCUGCUUUUGCGCCUACAGUUUUCAGUAUCUUGCAUGGAUGCAGCAGAUUCCUGAGCAGAAAGGAUGACAUCAGAGGCUGCAGUGUCCACAUCACCUUCCAUAAGCAGCAGCCCUGCCAACAGGGACUACUACUGGCUUCGCUCCUUUGCAGCCGGAGGUGUAGCAGCAUGCUGUGCCAAGACCACAAUUGCUCCUCUGGACAGAGUCAAGAUUCUUCUUCAAGCCCAGAACCCCCAUUACAAACAUCUAGGAGUGUUUUCCACUUUCAGAGCUGUUCCAAAGAAAGAAGGCUUCCUUGGUUUGUACAAGGGUAACGGGGCAAUGAUGGUCAGGAUAUUUCCUUAUGGAGCCAUCCAGUUCAUGGCCUUUGACAUUUAUAGAAAGCUGCUCGGUAAACACUUUGGGAUCUCGGGACACAUCCACCGCCUCAUGGCAGGAUCUAUGGCAGGAAUGACUGCAGUGAUAUGCACCUACCCUCUGGAUGUGGUCCGGGUCAGACUGGCCUUUCAGGUGAAAGGAGAGCAUCGCUAUACUGGGAUUGUCAACGCCUUCCACACCAUCUACCUUCAGGAGGGGGGCAUUUGGGGCUUCUACAGGGGACUUACUCCAACACUCAUUGGAAUGGCCCCAUAUGCAGGUUUUUCAUUCUUCACCUUUGGCACCCUGAAGAGCCUCGGCUUGAAACACUUCCCAGAGCUGCUGGGACGCCCCUCCUCAGACAACCCCGAUGUCCUCAUUCUGAAAACCCAUGUCAACCUGCUCUGCGGAGGUGUUGCUGGAGCCAUCGCUCAGACAAUAUCAUACCCCUUGGAUGUGGCUAGGAGAAGAAUGCAGUUAGGAGCUGUGCUUCCUGACUCAGAGAAAUGUGUAUCACUGAGCAAGACCCUGAGGUAUGUGCAUAAGCAGUACGGGAUCAAGAGGGGAUUGUACCGAGGCCUUUCUCUCAACUACAUCCGCUGUGUCCCCUCCCAAGCCAUGGCCUUCACCACCUAUGAGUUCAUGAGGCAGGUCCUCCACCUGAACUAGUGGUUGUUUUUAUACCAUCCAAGUCUGCACCUGGGUCUGUACGUUCCAAGUCAUUAAGCAGCUCCACCUCAGUGCUUCCUUCACAGAAUGAUCCGUGGGUCAUUUGCUAUGUCUUAAACUCUUCAGUGUGGGAAUUUACUUUUCCUUCUUCACUGAAGGCACUAGGGGUGUCGGUUAAUGCUGGGGGAAAAGCUGUAUAUCGGACAGUAAGGAUCUCAAUGACUGUCCUGUUUCAUUCCCUCCUGCUUUUGUGUCUCACCACCUCUUGAGAGAAGAGUUACACAACCACGGAGCAUAUGGGCAGCGGCGCGUUUGAUUAGGCUCUGCUGGUUGAAUGGUUUUCAGCAAUAAUAUCUUUUUAAACAAAGUUGUUGACAACAUCACAACAGCCCUCUAAUUAUGCAGAAGCUGCCUCAUUCCAGGGCUCCAGACUAACAUUUCAUACUAGUGGCACCAUCUGUGUUUUACAAGGUAAUGCAAAAGAAUCUGCAUUUUAUUUUAAUCUGCAUAUUAUUUUAAAUAAUGUCCAAAGUGCAUAGCAUGUAUUUAUGAUGACAUUCAGAAAGAGGGAAACUUAUAGAACACAGUAAAUGGGGAAAAUCACUUCUGGAUCAAGUUUCCAGCUCUUUGUAUGUAGCUGUGCUCUAUAACCUAGUAGUCAACAUGAUGAUAAUGACAUGAUGAUGAAGAUUAGGCUAUUAUAUUGCAACUUAAGUAUAAACUGAUGAAUUGCACACAUGCUUUGCCAUUUGUGUAUGCGAUUUAUUUGUAGCCGCUUUUCUUCUGAAGAAGAAUUUCUGCUCUUUGUGUCUGUGUUAGGCUUCAUGCACAGUUCAGCUGUCUCACACACCUGCUCAGUGCCAGCUCAUUUCUGGGCUAAAGUUAAUGUAGCCUACUGCUUAAAGAAGGACAUGAUGGUGGGUUUUGGCCACUUAACUAACUUCAAACUGGCAAACUGGGACUUCACUAGACCUGAGUGGUGCAUGUGCGUGACCUAAGUGUUUGAGCCAUUCAAUCCACACUGACUCCAACCUCCAUAAACGUCUCUGGUGAGAGCAGAUGUCUGUUAGCAGGAGGACAACAUGGUCAUCACCAGGCUGACUGACAACAGAAAUGUACUGGACAAAAAUAGUUUUUAUGUGGGCCCAUCAGCAAGGAAUCAGCAGUGUCUGUAUGCUCUGACUUACUUAUUUUACUCAUUUUCCCAUCUUGGACUGAGGAAAGUAAAACCAGAAAGCUCAGUUGCACCAGGAGCCUGAUUCAUCAGCAGAGAUUCAAGUAGAAAGAAAAAAAAAAACUAAACACAUAAAUAGGCGAACAGAUGAUCUACCUGAUUUAAGCAGCUGUCUGUGGCGAUUACGCUUCAAAUGUGUCAAAGGAAAAAAUAGGCUCAAAGUGUUAAAACGGGUCCAGGGAUGACACGUGUGCCUCAGAGUCAGUGUGGAUCGAUUGGAGGUCUCUGCCUCGUGAGGUGGACGAGUGACAGUCUUGCAAAUAAACGUUGCGAUGACAGCAUGCACGGAGAUUGUUACGUCUGCUCACUAUUUUUACAGUGAGAGCAUUGGCUGUGCAUGAGCUGUUUAUUUCACAGUUGCACCCAGUGCAACCUUUGAAAAAAGUCAGCCGCACCUUAAAUAAAUGUGGUCGUAAAAUGCGAGCGAUCUCCUGCAGUCUGGAGCCCUGCGUUCACACAGCACACUACAGAUAUCUGCACACUCUCACUUGUCUUUUUUCUCUUCUUUCAUGGCCUGAUUUUAAGAUGUACACCGGUCAAACAUGAUCACAUUAGCUUAUUUCACAUCAUCAUGUUUGUCAGUUCCCUUACAAAAAGAAAAGGGAUCUCAGUGAUGUGCGUUUUAUGCGUUUGAUUUGAAUAUCACUCUUAAAUUCUGCAGCUACACAUUUCUUUUUUUGUUUGUCUUUUUGCAGUUAACUGUUGAAAGGUUGCUAAAAUGUAACAAUAAUCUCAUUGUUUAUAAUGUGUAGGGUUUUUUUUCCCAUUCAGGGCUUUGUGUGUUUUAAAAAUAUGGGGUGCAGUAACUAUAGAAGAUGUAACUGUUUGUGCCUAUGUCUUCUACAAAAGUCUACAAUGAAUAUAUCAUAGUUUACCUGCAGGUUUUUUCUUUUAAAGAUGCAGUGACCUGAUGGUACAUGAAUUUAGUUAAAGACAACUUUGAAUUUUAUUGCCAAACUUUAACCAGAGCAGUUACUACAUGUAAUCAUUUUGCUGUAUUAUAUUUUUUAAUAUAUAUAUAUGUUGGUUAUUGUGCACUUAAAUGUUUUGUUUGUAGCUUUGAUCAUGUGGAAUUAUGUGCAUCCACGCUCAGCUGUGAACAGAUCAAGAUGUCAGCAUGUGAACAUAAAAUGAGUGUUGCUCUGAUAUGUCUGGAGAGACGCGCUUGCCCUUAGAGACUUGGAAGAAGUUUGCACUUUGUGGUUGUAGGUUUUUCUUAAUUUAUUUAUUGAUUCAGGAACCUGUUGCCACCAGGUGGCACCAUUGAAUAUAAAUUGUACUGUUUACCAGAGUCGGGCACAACAUUCAUAGCAUCUUUAUGAUUUUUUUAUGAAGCUGUUGGGGAGUUGCUGUAAGUUUGUUUGCAUUAGUAAUUACUGAAUGAUUCUUGUUUAAUUACUUUUGAACUCAAAUGCACCGGAUUCCUUCAAGUCACCACCAAUAUUUGUAUGAACCUCAUGAGUUUGUUGUACAAGCGUCUUCCUCUUUUCAGCCUUGUGCCUUCUUCUGCAUUUGAUGUCUUAUUUCUCAAGAGUGGUUGUGUUUAGCCAAUUACAUACGUAUUUACAGUAAGUGAAUACUAAGUGACUGUCAAUCAUUAAAACGGCUGAAGCUUGUUGGUUUAGAACACUGGCGACCUGCCCUGAUGAGGAAUGUGGGAGGAUUAGCAGUUGCAAGAUGUUGUGGGCACAAGGGUGGUGGUGUGUGGGCUCUGUGUGUGUGUGUGUGUGUUGAAGUAAAACAGGAUGUCGAGUUACUUUUUAAUCAUACUGUCACUACUCAAAUUAUGUCAUACACUGGAGGGGUCAGACCUGCAGCCUGGGAAUGGACUUAAGAGUAUAAUAACUCUUGCUGUUGAUUGUGGCAGCUGCUGUUUGAGAAAUGAAAUGGCGUUUCCAGCAGUAAUUCUGUGCUGUGUUCAUGUACAGCUCUUUUACAGAUUUUUGUUCAGUUUCAAAUGCAUGAUCUUUCGCUGUUCCCGAUGUUUUAUAGUGCUACAAAGUCUAUUAACCCUUCAAAAACAGAUCAGCUCUGUUCCUGCUGCUCACUGCAAUGAGGACUUAUGUAAGAUAUUUAUAUAUGGAAAUGUAUGUAUAUGGACUCUAGUACUUUAUCCACUCUGUACGAUGGGGAAGAGAAUUGACUGACAAUGACUGAACAGUGGGAAAAAAAAUGUAAUUUUCUUUUUACAUGUUCAUCUUUUCCUACCAUGCUUGUUAUAAAUACAGUGAAUUACAUUAUGUGUCACCUUCUUAAAACUAUACCAAGACUUGUAUCUUUACUUUGCCUUUGAAUGUUAGGCAGACUUGUGAAGCUGAAACCCACUUUGAGUUUUCCAUGUACUCUCCUAUGUUAACAUUGGUGUUGCAGUUGUCUUUAAAACCACAGAAGGACAUUGCGAUACAUUUGCAUUUGUUUCGCUCGAAAUGGAAUACACUGCCUGUUGUUGUUCUGUGUCGCGUAGUAAUUUGACUGGUAAAUGUGACUUGUAAAAGGUGUGUACCUUCACAUGUUCCUUAAUGCAGUUAAUUUCUACAUCAUCUGUUAAAUACAGUCCAGAUUA